CCUUUCUGCUUCCAUCCAUAACUGCAGCAUGUGUUCUCUCCUGCAGGUGAAAAGGGAAGCGGAGGAGACGCCGGAGGAGAGAGGAAACGCUGCCGGAGGACCGGAGGGAAAGGUGGUGGUGAAGAAAGAGAAGGAGGAAGAGGAGGAGGGGAAGAAGGAGCAGUCUGCUGCGGAGACGGGGCGGCUGGUGAUGACGGUCGACGGAGAACAGAAGCAGCUUCGCUUCGGCCCCGACGACCUGCUGAGCACCUCCACCAUGCUGGACGGAGACCAGGUGCGUUUCAACAUCGCCACCAAUCAGGAGACCAAAGAGGAACGAGCGACCUUCGUGGAAAUCCUCCCCGCCUCCUUCGAAGAGUCCACCGAACAACGACGACACGGCAUUGUGAUUGAGUUCAUGGAGGACUCGGGGCUCAUCAAGUGCUCCCAGAACCCUCAGCUCUACUUCCACAUGUCGGAGGUGAUUGAGAAGAAGAAACUGGAGCUGAACGAGAAGGUGGAGUUCAGCGUCGUCCCGCAUGAAACAGCAGAGGGGGGGAACCAGGCCAUCAGGAUAAAACGUUUCACCGAGAGCGUUUUUCUUCCCGUUCGGAAAUUGGGCGGUGUCGGGGCGAGCAAAGGAAAGAUGACCAUCAAGCUGGCGAAAGCUUCAGAAGACACUGAGAAAGAAAAACCCGAGACAGACAAGCUGAAGGCGGUGGUGAAAAAUCUUAGAACGCAGGACAGCAAGACCAAUAUCGGCAGAAGGGAUAACGGCGCCGCUCGGCGUAGAUACGGCAGAAGUAGGAGCAGGAGCAGGAGUCCAAGUAGGAGUAGAGGUAGGAGUAGAAGUAGAAGCAGAAGUAGGAGCAGGAGUCCGCCCAGAGACCACUUUGGACGUAUCAUCAAAAAGAGACGCAGCCCCAGCGUUGACCGUGACCGUAAAAGCAGCAGGUACAGGCAAAGCCGAAGCCGAGAGAGAUCAAACAGGCUCACUAGGAGCCACACUAAGAGCCGAAGCAAAAGCUCCAGUAGGAGUCGCAGUAGGAGCCGGGAGAGAAGCAAAGACAGAGGCGUCAAGAAAAGGAGCAAGAUCAGCAGAGAGCGCGAGGAAAGUUACAAGAGAAGGAGGGAGUUAAGCCCUCCGCCCAGACGAGGCAUAGUCGUGGACGACGAGCUGGCGAGGAAGAAGCGCGAGCUGGAAGAGCUAAACGACAUGAUUGCGUACAAAAAGUCGCUGGUGGACCCUGGACAGAGAACCUGCAUAGACUACGACCAUGGCAGGAUCGCCGUCCCACUAACGGAGUACAAACCAGUCCGGUCCAUCCUGAAGAAACGACCCGAGGGCCCCGAUUACCUUGAUCGUCCACCUCAGCCCUAUGACGAUCCUUAUUAUGACCGUCCGUACGCUCCCUACCCAGAUCGGCGGUAUGAUGACCGCUAUGCUGAUCCGUACGCCAGUUGUUCCUACACUGAUCUCCCUUACGCUGAGCGUCCCUACAGCGACCGCCCUUAUGAAAAGCCACUCUAUGCUGAACCUUCCUAUGGUGGCCCUCCGUCUGCUGGGCAACAUUACACUGAUCGCUAUAGUGUUUAUGAGGAACCCAUAGAUGAUCGCUACUAUGACCCAGCAUAUCCAGGGAGACCUUAUGAUGUUUCCGUCAAACGCAGCCGGUCUCCAGAACCCCACGGUCCCUCACCUUCUUCUCAAGUUCCUGUUGCCUCCACCCAACCACCCUUGACACAUAUUGCUGCCAUUUCAUCUUCCCAAUCCUCUUACAGACCUCCUUCUCCCAGAGAAACGCCUCCUAGAAGCCCCUCGCCCAAACUGAAGCACACAACAGCACACAUGGCACCUCCAGCUGUGAAACAACCCCUUGAUCGCUUCCUUGACAUGCUUAAUAAAAAGGUGGAUGCUGAGAAGAAAUCCGAACCUGUACCGGUUCCUGUACCAGUUCCUGUACCAGUUCAUGUGAAUGAUGACCUUCUGCCUCAUGAGCGGGCAGUUCAAGAUGGCAGGGGUUUCUCUCGGAUUGUGGGAUUUUCUCAAGAGCAACCCAGCAGCAGCCUAGCUCUAGAAGGGUCAAAGUCACAGCUAAGUCCUAAAAGGUCCUCGGUAGAGAGAACAGAUGAGGAACCUAAAACCAAGACAGAACCCUACGACAAGAUCCAAAGUCUACUCCGUACGAUCGGCCUGAAACUAAGUACAGGAGAUAUGUCCAAACUGGCCAGCCGGGCCCAGGAGAAAAUCUACAGCCCGAAGUCCCAAUCCACAGAAAGAGAGACGUUGUCAUCAGCAAGGGAAGACUUGCAAACAAGAAGACCUGGUUCCAUUGAAUCGGAACAUACCCAUAGCCAUUCCCCUUCGCCUGCCAGAUCCUCCAGUUUGGAGCCGCUUAGCAGGUCUCAAGCUGUCUCAGAGUAUGAAGGAUUCCUUGACCAGCAGGAAUUGGAGGCACUAAAGAAGGCACAACAGCUGCAGAGUCUUACAAAGACUUUGGGGAGCACACCCUCCACCACUCCUUCUCCGAAACCUCCCCCUGGGCCUCCACCUGCACAAUACCAACUUCCACCCCUACCAACCAACUGGCCCCUUGGAGUCUCUACCCAGAUUCCCCCAGAACAAAGUGCCACAAUCCCAGAAACACCCCAAUUAUUUGGACUUCCUGCAGGACCUCCCCCUGGACCUCCUCCACGGCGUCCUGGGCAGCCUCCUCCAGGACCGCCUCCUGGACCUCCACCACGGCGCCCUCCCGGACAACCUCCUUUCGCUCCACCCUCCAGUCAUGCGGUAUUUCCAUUUAUUAGCAAGCAUCCUAUAACUUCACCUUCCUCCAGUUCUUCAACACCACCAUCUUCUACACCUACGUCAUCGAGUCCUGCUAACGAUAACCAGGCAACCAUCUCUACGACGGUGGCCAGAUGCCUGAAGGUCAUAGAGACGGUGAAAUCUCUGGCUGUACAGCCAGCGGCCAAACCGGUCAAAUCUGUCCAGUUCAGUUUACCCACAGUCUCUCCAUCAGACUCGAGUCCUCAGACUUCAACAGAGACAGACGAUGACAUAAAGACCAAGCAGAAAGAGAAGCUGGAUUCAUAUCACCAGAGGGUUUUGGAAAAGAGGGAGCAGCACUACAAGGAUUGGCUAGUCCGCAGGAAACAGAAAGAGGGUCCACCAGUCUUCCCAGGCAUCCCAACCGGCGAGCCCAAGAACAUUUGGAUCUGCGGUCAUUCGCUGGUGUACUGGGCGGAGUCUCGGGCCAAGUCUCCGGAGGUAGGUAUGCAGCUGGGCAUGGACGCCAGCAAGGUGGCGAUCUGGUGGAAAGGCACCCAGGGCAUGACGUGGUCGCAGCUUCUGCCCCAGCUACACCAACUGAAAGUCACCUGGCCCAACCCAGACGUGCUCAUCAUCCACCUGGGUGGCAACGACCUCAGCACCGACAGCCCCACGGACCUUCUGGCGUCCGUCAAGAAGGACCUCACGUCCAUGCGGAGCAUCUUCCCGCAGUGCGUCCUCGUGUGGUCCAACAUCCUGCCUCGCAGGGUGUGGCGGCACUCAGCCGACAGCCACGAAGUCGAUCUGGUUCGAACCACGGUCAACCGUAGGAUUCAAAAUGUUAUCUCAGAACUCGGCGGUACGUCGCUGACACACGAUAACAUCCGGUGCGGUGCAAACACGGGCCUGUACCGGGCCGAUGGCGUCCAUCUGUCCCCCAAAGGCAUCGAUGUCUUCAAUCUGAACCUGCAGGAUUUUCUGGAGAAGUGGGAGAUGGAGACGAACUAGAGGAAAGUUAAGAGCUGUAUUGAUUAUUUUUCUGUUUUCUCUUGUUUAUUUCUAAUGAUAGCUAGGAACUAACAUCUUUAAUCAAGCUCCUAAAACUCCAGCUAUAAAGUAUCCUGUCUUGUUUGUAAUUUUAUUUUAACACGUAGGAUCAGGUGUUAUACAUGAAAAACAUGUUCGUCUGUCUUGAAACAAUAAAUUGAGUCUCAAC